AUGCAGGCUCUCGCCGCUCGCGCCUUUUUCUGGUUCCGCAAAUUCUUCACCACCACCCGCGCGACCCACGGCAGUCGCAACAGCCUCAAUGCCAUCUCUUCCAGCCACCCCUACCCAGAGGUCCUUGCCGCCGCCGGGUGCGCAGAAGGCGCGAUACGUUUCAGCGUCGGGCAUGCCAUACCGCACAUCGUCGUCCGCAUCGCCGACUGGAUCGCCACCUUCGAGGCCCGCUGCACCGGGACCGACAUGCAGACCGUACGGCCGUUCCAGCAGUUCACGGACAUGUGGAGGGCGUACGGCACCUGGAAGACACGGUGCGCGUACAUCGAAAGCCAGCGCCUCGCCAAGGUUCAACGGACGCCGAACCGCUACCGGUGCGCGGUCAAGGAGUGCGGCAUACAGGCCGUCACGGGCACCGCGCUGCGAAAGUGUGGCGGGCGCUGUCCGCCCGAGCGCAAGCCGCACUAUUGCAGCUGGGCAUGUCAAGAGCGGCACUGGGCGGUACAUCGCUUCUUCUGCAAGUCAGGCCCUAUGGACGAACACAUCCCGGAAGACGACGACGACCCAGACUGGAUCGAUGAGGAACAGUUCGACAACGAGUUCCCAUAUGUUCACCUUCCGGAUCGCUGUGUUCAGUCGGCGUGGCCAGAUUCGGAAAUAUUCAUAGACAUCCCUCACCCGAGCCGAUACCGACAAGGACAAGUCAUCCGUGUGCGCACGUGGUCGCUGAGUCCGGACCUCCUGGGGUCGUAUCGUGCGCUUUGGACGGUUCCAGAGUGGAAGCGGAAGUUGAUACGCAAGGUGUGUUGUCCUCUUUCGAAUGAUCAUACGGAAGGCUGA